GCCAGUAUUCCACUGAGUGCGGCCAAGAAGCGAAUCGGUCCCAAAUCCCGCACACGAGGCACGGAGAGCCAAACUCAAUCGCCGGUUUCGGCUCGAAAUUGUCCGGAAUGUCAACGUCGCCUGGACCAGGUUCAAAUGGCCUCGUAUUGCCACGAGGCUGCGGUAAGGGAGGCCGUGGCCCUCCAGGAUAAAUCAAUCGCGGUGGAAGGUUCGGAGAGCGAUCGUCCACAGGCAUUCUUGGCGGAUUUUUCCGUCAUCGAUGCCCGUGGUCAUGUGGUGUCGUUUUUUGAUGGGCUAGUGGAUCGAGGCAAGAAGCUGUAUAUGAACGGUUUGGUCAAAUCGGUCUUCAGUGACCCGGUGUCCGAAUCGAUUCCAUCGGGUGUGUAUGUUCGCCAAGCGGGUCCGAUUGUCCAAUGGUGGACCACGGGGUUCAAUAAGGGCGAAAAUGUGGUCAUUGGGGUGAGCACGGAUCUGGCCGAUUAUCACUUGCAAUUACCUAGUUCGGAAUAUGCCCGAAUCAUGCAGAGCCUACACGAACGUACGAUUUUGACCAAGAUGGUGUUCGAAAUCGCGGACUCGGCCUUUGAAACGGCCAGUGAUAUCACUUAUGAUGAGUUGUUGGUCCAGAUGGAGGCUGAUGCUUCCAAACAUGGCUUGGAUUUCUUUUCUGAAGAACACCUACUGAACAAUGCUCGCUUCAUUGUGGAUCAUAUCGGCAGCUUUGAAGAGGCGGGUCAAGACGGCGAAGAUGAAGCGCUGCGCCUAAUUGACUCCAGUUGCAUGGCCAAACUUGUACGAUAUUCGGGUCAAUUUGAUCGGCUACGUGAUAAGAAAUCCGAAAUCAAACGGAGUCGGAAAUCGAAGAAAAGGGUUACAACAGCGUCCAAGAAAUUGGUCGUCAAGCGCACCUUCUCCAAAGCCACCACUACACCCUUGAUUCGACACGUCUUUGAGUCCGUGUUCAAGCAUCAGAUCGCCGUGGAUCUGAUGAAUCAGGGGACUGGUCCAUCAGCCACCGCUGGUGCGUCUAUUAAUCCACCGGUCAAAGCCAAGAAGGUCAAACGCUCCAACGUGUCUCUAUUGGGACCAGUCAUCAAUCUUGAGGGUCAAAUCAAGUUCUACGAAGCUGUGGAAGUGUCAGGAACCCGGGUUCAGGUGGGCGGUUUUGUCAGCAUCACGCCUGAAUUUCCCGAUACUCCUGAUUUCAUUGGACGGAUCGUUUAUCUGUUCGAGGAAGGUGCGGAACAAAUAGCUCAUGUCCGGCAUUUCUGCCGCGGUCAAGACACAGUGCUGGGCAUGACCUCCGACCCAGAAGAACUCUUUCUCACCGACGAAUGCGAGGAUGUAAAUAUCAAUGACCUGGUAGAGGCGGUUGACGUCGAAUACCGACACACUCCAUCUGACUGGGCCCAAUAUUCCAGUAGUGACAUCAUUGAGGUUGCAUGUGAGGAUUUUUGGUACCGUUUCAAGUACCAAGCAAAUUUCGCCCGUUUUGAGUCUAUUGUUGAAAUAGAAGAAAAAAUGCCACAUGACAAACCUCGAUUUUGUCUCACGUGCCAUGUCUUCGACGAAAACUUGUCGAAGAGAACGCCUCGUGUGGUAAAUGGGGCUUUAUCAAUCGACGGUCAUCAUUAUGAAGUUGGAGAUGCGUGUUUGAUCGACCCUGACGCUUUGCCAAUGUCUCAUGUGGAAGUGAAAGUCAAGAAGACGCCAUACACAUCCAAAGAGCAACAAAUCAAAGAUCCGGAAAAAUAUCCCGAAUUUUUUCGAUUCCAGUUUUCGAAGCAAGGUGUUCGACAAUCUAAUGACGAUAAUCCUGAUCCAUUUCGAAUCGGAAUCAUUGAACAUAUCAAUUCCAACCUCCCCGAGGUCCAAAUCAAAAUCAGAAAGAUCCUAAGACCUGAACACACUUUCCAAGACCCUGAAGAGGCCAACCACCAAGACCUGCACUACGUCAUAUACAGUAAUGAAUUCAGCUUUAUAGAAGCCAAAUCCAUCCGAGGGAAGUGCUUUCUGUGUCCGAAAGAAUUGCUCAAAAUGGAUCCAUCUGAAUGGUUUGAAUGUGGGACGAAUAGGUUCUAUUUUGACCGAACCUACAACAGUUUUGAACAAGUUUUCGAAGACCUAGGCCCAGAUGUGAUUGAAAGGUUUUCGAACCUUAAGCAUGCCCAUGAAUCUGGCGCUCUACCUCAAAUUAAUCGACCAUUGAAGACUCUAGAUGUAUUCGCCGGUUGUGGUGGAUUGUCCGUUGGGUUGGAACAAAGCGGCGUGAGUGAUCCAAUUUGGGCAAUUGAGAGUAGUGAAGCUCCCGCCAUUGCCUUCAAGUUGAGUAAUCCAAACUGUACGGUGUUUCAUGAGGAUUGUAAUGCCAUUCUGAAAAACGUCAUGGAUGGACAUACGCACGAUAAUGAAGGCCGCAUGUAUCCGCAGCGCGGCCAAGUGGAACUCAUGUCAGCUGGUCCACCAUGUCAAGGCUUUUCAAGGAUGAACAUCUUCUCUGAGCGUGAGUACAGUCAAUUCAAGAACAGUCUCAUCGCCACAUAUCUCAGCUACUGUGACUAUUACCGGCCCAAGUACGUCAUCUUGGAAAAUGUGAUGAACUUGGCCAUGUUCAAAAAGAACCUAGUGCUGAAACUCUGCUUCAGAGCCUUAUUGAUGAUGGGCUAUCAAUGCACCUUUGGCAUUAUGCAGGCCGGACAUUUCGGAGUGCCCCAAACUCGGCGACGGUGUAUUCUAUUAGCAGCAGCGCCCACGGAAAUCCUACCCAACUAUCCGGCUCCCCGACACGUUUUCGCUAAAUCUGCUUUAGGAGUGAACGUUGAUGAUAAGUUAUUCAAGGCCAAUGUGCCUUACUUGGGCUCAGCUCCAUACCGAACUAUCACAGUUCGAGACGCCAUAGGCGAUUUGCCCCCCAUUCAGAAUGGAGACAAUAUUCUGGAGAAGUGCUACUCACAGCCCCCGCGGAGUCAUUUCCAAAGACGUAUGAGGAAGUCGGAAAUACUCCAAGAUCAUAUCUGUCGCAAGAUGGCCCCGCUCAUCGAGAUGAGAAUGUCCCUUGUUCCGCAAGAACCCGGCUCGGAUUGGCGAGACCUCCCCAACAUUGAAAUCCAAUUGUCAGACGGAACGUUUACGGAAAAGCUCAAAUAUUUGUAUCGGGAUUAUGCGAGUCCCAAAGGCUCUCGAUUAAGAGGGGUUUGCAAGUGCAAUGCGGACAAAACCGUCAAAUGUGAUGGUUUCUCGCAACAAGGUCAAACCAUUAUCCCUUGGUGCCUACCUCACACAGCCAACAGAAAUGGAAAUUGGGCGGGGCUCUAUGGUAGGAUUCAUUGGGACGGUCAUUUCCCCACCACUGUCACUAACCCCGAGCCCAUUUCGAAGCAAGGUCGGGUCCUUCAUCCCAUGCAACAUCGUGUGGUUUCCGUACGUGAAUGUGCUAGGAGUCAGGGCUUUCCGGACGAUUACCAGUUCUACGGGACCAUUAUGGAGAAGCAUCGUCAAAUUGGGAACGCUGUUCCACCUCCUUUGGCUAGAGCAAUCGGAGUGGAAAUACUCCUGUCAAUUGCCAAGAACGUUCAACAUUGUUCAAACUAAAGCUCUACUCGAAGGCAUCCUCCUUUCUUUACAUUGCUAAACGCACUAAUGUUAAUUAUAAGCAUCAAUUGAAUUGAAUACAAUUUGUCUACCCAAGGGACCCUCUAUCCCUUAAACUCGCAA